CUUCAGUUACACGUCUUCACCUUCAUCUCUUUCUGUCACAAUUGUCGCCCACAGACCUCAAAACCAACGCAGACUGACCAAACUGACCUCACUCCUUGUCCCUUCUUCUUCUUCUUCUACGCAUUAUUUUUAUUUGUCUCCGCUUCCUGAAUACUUGUUGUUCUGCUGGCAACACUUGGAUUCGCGGAUUCGUGUUUUACAUCAUGGUGUAUUACUUCAAGGCCCGUCCCGAGUGCGGGGACUAUGUCAUAUACAUGGGCCUUGACAAGCACGAGAACGAGGACCUUAUCAAGUAUGGCUUACCGGAGGAUAUCUGGUUCCAUGUAGACAAGUUGUCAUCUGCUCACGUGUACCUAAGGAUGCACAAAUUUCAGACGAUGGAGAUGAUUAGCCCUGAACUUCUAGAGGAUUGUGCUCAGCUUGUGAAGGCCAAUUCCAUCCAAGGUAACAAACUCAACAAUUUGGACGUUGUUUACACUCCGUGGUUCAAUCUGAGGAAAACUCAAAGCAUGGACGUUGGCCAAGUUGGCUUCCACAACCCUAAGCUUGUGCGGACAGUCAGGGUUGAGACACGUAAGAAUGAAAUUGUAAAUCGGUUGAACAAGACCAAAACCGAGCAGACUCCAGACUUGAAAGCUGAAAGGGAAGCCUACAACGCUGCCGAGAGAAAUGAACGGAAGGCACAUAUGAAGGAGAAGAAACGGCGAGAAGAAAUAGAACGGCUGGAAAAGGAGAAGCAGGCAGAAAUACGGAGCUACACAAGGCUCAUGGUUCAGGAGAAGAUGACAUCCAACAAGGAUAUCGCCGCCAAGGGAAAAACCCUGGCGGAGUUGGAAGAGGACUUUAUGUGACAUCUUUUCAUUGUUUAAUGUAGUUGAUACUAUUGUCAUGGUGCAGCUUGUUCUGUUUCAAUUUCAAAUGGCAUGUUGUUCCUUUUUUUGAUGGAUGUGAUGCAGUCUGCUCGCAAGCCUAUUACGUCUCAGUUUCCUGAAGGUUCGAAUCGUCUAUUUUCAUUCAGAUUGUCACGGGGACAAAUUAGUACGCUAGGCGUUUGACUUUCACACGCGCAUUGAUGAUGCAAUUGUGAAGUUUGACAGCAUUCUCCCUGUAGGCUACGACACCCAAUUUUGAUCAAGUUCAGUUGCCCUUAGAAUUAAAUUAAUGAUGUCCUUGGAGUCUCAUCAACAUUUAGACUCCAGAGUCCAAAGAGAGAGUACACUAGAGUCUUUUUUAGGCUUUUUGUUGACAAUGACGUGACUAAAUCUGAAUCGAAUAUAAUUUUCUGUUCAAAAUUCAUUGUGAUGUUUCAAGGGCAUGACCAGUCGAACUUGCAUUCUAGUGGUUUGGUUUCCUUGUCCACAUUCUCCCUAUGUGGUGCUGCGCCUUUUGAGAUUACUCAUAUGCUGACGGCAGGGCAGCAUUGUAUCGUUUAUGAAUAAUAGAGGGUAACUGAUUUCAAUGAA